UUGCUAGGUAGACUUUUAUGAUAACUAAGGGAAAGCAAAGGAGUUAGUUAAAGAUGGCGUCUCCAUCAUCGUCGCAACCGGAGCAAAAGCUAUGCGAAUCCCCAGUCCCGGCUUCUAUGUUCUCUCCAGAGCCAGAAGCCGAAGAUUCAGACUGCAGCUUCGAUGGGGAGCCAAUGAGGAACGGCGAGACAGAAAUAGACCUGACGAGCAAACAUGUACUGGUGAGUCCCAGUGCAGAACAGUAUGACAGCCUCCUCCGCCAGCUACGGGAUAGGAUGGAUGAAGGAAGGGGGGAGACGAUAUAUGUCAUUGGCCAAGGAUCUGAUGGUACAGAAUAUGGAUUAAACGAGGCUGACAUGGAGGCAUCAGUUGCCACAGUAACCAGCAUGGCAGAACAGAUUGGUGCCGAUAUGAUCCAGUUGCGCGAACACCAGGAGGCUGGAGGCAAAGUACGAGACUACUUGGUGCGCAAGAGGGUGGGCGAUAAUGACUUCCUAGAAGUCAGAGUUGCUGUUGUUGGCAAUGUGGAUGCAGGAAAGAGCACACUUCUGGGUGUGUUAACCCAUGGAGAAUUGGACAAUGGGCGUGGCUUUGCAAGACAAAAACUCUUCCGCCAUAAGCAUGAGAUCGAAUCGGGUCGAACCAGCAGUGUAGGAAAUGACAUUCUGGGUUUUGACAGUCAUGGACAGGUGGUCAACAAACCAGAUAGCCAUGGAGGGAGCCUAGAGUGGACCAAAAUCUGUGAGAAGUCUUCAAAGAUAAUAACUUUUAUUGACUUGGCUGGACAUGAAAAAUACUUGAAGACCACAGUAUUUGGCAUGACUGGGCACCUACCUGACUUCUGCAUGCUUAUGGUGGGCAGCAAUGCUGGUAUAGUGGGCAUGACCAAGGAACACCUGGGUCUGGCCUUGGCGCUCAAUGUCCCAGUAUUUGUGGUGGUGACAAAGAUAGAUAUGUGUCCGGCAAAUAUACUACAAGAAACUCUAAAGCUGUUACAGAGACUGCUGAAGUCUCCUGGCUGUAGGAAGAUACCAGUAUUGGUCCAGAACAAAGAUGAUGUUAUUGUCACAGCUUCCAACUUCAGUUCAGAGAGGAUGUGUCCUAUAUUCCAGAUCUCAAAUGUUACAGGGGAGAACCUGGACCUUCUCAAGAUGUUUCUGAACCUCCUUUCUCCUCGUACCAGCUCUCGCGAGGAGGAACCUGCAGAGUUUCAGAUUGAUGACACCUAUUCUGUACCAGGUGUGGGCACGGUGGUUUCUGGAACAACAUUGAGAGGUCUGAUUAAGUUAAAUGAUCUUCUCCUACUGGGACCUGAUCCGCUGGGCAGCUUCACUUCCAUUGCAGUGAAGUCUAUUCACCGCAAACGGAUGCCAGUUAAGGAGGUGCGAGGUGGACAGACUGCAUCUUUUGCCUUGAAAAAGAUUAAACGCUCCUCUAUCAGGAAGGGCAUGGUGAUGGUUUCUCCACGUCUCAACCCUCAGGCUUCAUGGGAGUUUGAAGCAGAGAUCUUGGUGUUGCACCAUCCUACCACAAUCAGCCCUCGAUACCAGGCCAUGGUGCAUUGUGGCAGUAUUCGCCAAACUGCCACUAUCCUGAGUAUGAGCCGCGACUGUCUACGCACCGGAGAUAAAGCAACUGUUCACUUCCGCUUCAUCAAAACACCGGAAUACCUACACAUCGAUCAGAGGCUGGUGUUCAGGGAAGGUCGUACCAAAGCUGUGGGCACCAUAACAAAGCUAUUACAGAGUACAAACAAUCAGCCAAUGAAUGCCAAACCACAACAAGUCAAAAUGCAGUCUACCAAAAAAGGCCCACUUGGAAAGAAGGAUGAACAGAGCUCAGGAGUAGCAUCGAUGGAGGAGGCUUCUCCAACAGCCACAACUGGGAUAACCGCAGGAGCUACAGCACUACAAGCACAGCCCAAGACAGGAGGAGGAGGACGGCGACGUGGAGGACAGAGGCAUAAAGUAAAAUCGCAGGGAGCAUGUGUGGCCCCUGCAGGGGGCUGCUAAACGUGACUGUUCAUCUUCCGUGCCCUCCAGCACCUGCACAUGCCUCACACCGCCAG